AUGCUCGCACAGCGCAUCUCUGCCCUGCCCUCGAGGCGCAUCUCGACCGCACCCAUCCGCCCCUGGGUCCUCUCGCCCUCGUCCCUCGCCUCGCCGCGCUCGUUCGCCUCGACCCCACUCCGCUCGGCCGCCGCACCCGCACCACCCGCCAAGAAGAAGGGCAAGCGCGCAAAGGACCCGCUCGACAACUUCUACUCCGAGUCGCUCAACCUCCCGAGGACCGCCUUCCCCUUGCGCGCCGAGGCCGCACGCCGCGACAAGCUCUUCUCGGCCCGGACGACCGACGAGCUGUACCAGUGGCAGGCUCGCCAAAAGGACCGGCCGCUCUUUGUCCUCCACGACGGUCCUCCUUACGCCAACGGUCACCUGCACUGCGGUCAUGCCCUUAACAAGGUCACCAAGGACCUCAUCAACCGCUCGAAGCUGAUCCAGGGUCACCGUGUCCACUACGUCCCGGGCUUUGACACGCACGGCCUCCCGCUCGAGCUCAAGGCCCUGUCGGCCCUCAAGAAGCCCGCCUCGAGCCUGUCGCCGCAAGAGAUCCGCGCUGCCGCCCGUGCCGAGGCCGAGAAGGGCAUCGAGAUCCAGAGCGGCGAGUUCAAGACGUUCGGCAUCAUGGGCGACUGGGACAACCCGUACCGCACGAUGGACUGGCGUUACGAGCGGCGCCAACUCGAGGUCGUGCGCGACAUGGUCGACAAGGGCCUCAUCGUCUCGCACCACCGCCCGACCCUGUACUCGCCUUCGUCCCGCACGGCCCUCGCCGAGGCGGAGCUCGAGUACCGCGAGGACCAUGUGUCGCGCUCCGUCUACGUCUCGUUCCCUGUCGCCGAGAUCGGUUCGACGCUCGAGCGCGAGCUCGAGGUGGCGGGCGUCGCGCUCGGCGAGGGCGACAAGGUCGGAUUGGCGGUCUGGACGACGACGGCGUGGACGAUCCCGAGCAACGUCGCCAUCGCCGUCUCUGAGUCGCUCGAGUACACCCUCGUCCGCUCGUCCGCCGACCCUUCCUCCCUCCUCAUCGUCGCCUCGGACCGCCUCGCCUUCCUGUCCGAGCUCCUCGCAACCCCUCUCGAGCCUGUCGCGCGCUUCGCCGGCUCUUCGCUGCUCUCGACGACCUACACCGACCCGCUCGCCUCGUCCUCGUCGUCGACCUCGCCCGGCCAAGUUCGCCCCCUCAUCCCGGCGUCGUACGUCACCUCGACGACCGGCACCGGCCUCGUCCACACGGCUCCCGCCCACGGCGUCGAGGACUGGGAGGCCUGGCGCGCGUACCGCUCGUCGCACGGCCUCCCGGCGCAGGACACGCUCUGCGCCGUCGACGCCGCUGGCCGGCUCGACGACACGCUGUUCGACAUGGUCGAGCGCGACGUUGCCGAGCGGCUCAAGGGCAAGGACGUCCUCAAGGAGGGUACGGGCGCCGUCAUCGAGCUGCUCGAGGCGCGAGGGCGCCUUCUCAAGGAGGUCGAGGUCCAGCACAAGUUCCCGUACGACUGGCGCACCAAGAAACCCGUCAUCUUCCGCGCGUCGUCCCAGUGGUUCGCCAACCUCGACCCGGUCAAGUCGAGCGCGAUCGACGCCCUGUCGCGCGUCAACUUCUUCCCGUCUCGCGGCGCCCGCACCCUCGAGAUGUACGUCCACGGGCGGAGCGAGUGGUGCAUCAGCCGGCAACGCGCCUGGGGCGUCCCGAUCCCGGUCGUCUACUCGUCGGCGCACGGCGCCGGCGCCAAGGAGGUGCCGCUCCUCACGCCGGCCAACGUCGACCACGUCGUGCGCGUCCUCGAGGCCCACGGCGGGACCGACUACUGGUGGGCCGGCGAUGCGGCCGAGUUCGUCCUGCCCGAGGAGCGCGAGCGCGCCGCCGCCGAGGGCCGCACCGAGUGGCGCACGGGCACCGACACGAUGGACGUCUGGUUCGACUCGGGCUGCUCGUGGACGCUCCUGCGCGAGGAGGGCGUGCGCGAGGGCGACCGCCGCGACGAGCCGCUCGCCGACGUCUACUUCGAGGGCUCGGACCAGCACCGAGGGUGGUUCCAGUCGAGCCUGCUCACCAAGGUGUCGAGCGCGCGCGAGGGCGAGACGCCCCAGGCGCCGUACCGCGACGUCGUCACGCACGGCAUGGUCCUCGACGACAAGGGCCGCAAGAUGAGCAAGAGCCUCGGCAACAUCGUCAGCCCGUCGGUCGUCAUCCAGGGUGGCAAGGACAAGAAGCGCGAGCCCGCGUACGGCACCGACCUCCUGCGAGUUUGGGUCGCCUCGGUCGACUCGUCGCGCGACGUCCUGAUCGGCCCGGGCAUCCUCGCGCAGACGUUCGAGGGCCUGCGCAAGAUCCGCAACACGGCGAGGUUCCUGCUCGGCAACCUGGGCGACCAGCCGAGGGAGAAGUUUGCCGCCGAGGACUUGGGCUUGAUUGAGCGCUACAUCCUGCACGAGCUUCACGACCUCGACCAGACGGCGCGCGAGGCGUUCUCGACCUACCAGUUCAACAAAGCCUAUCAAGCCCUGUCGACCUUCUCGAACUCGACCCUGUCGUCCUUCUACUUCGACGUCACCAAGGACACGUUGUACGCCUCGUCGCUCUCGUCGCUCGCCCGGCGCCACAUCAUCGCGACGCUCCACACCGUCUACGACACGUACGUCUCGGUGCUCGCGCCGAUGGCGCCGCUCCUCGCUGAGGAGAUCCACCACUUCCGGCGAGGGGCACUCGAGGACCCGCAGGAGGAGGUCCGAGGCGCAGGGAGCGUGUUCGAGCGGGUCUGGCCUCUGCCUAACAAGGCGUGGUACAACCCGCAGGUCAAGGCCGACAUGGAGGAGCUUCUCGCCGUGCGCGCCGAGGUCAACGGCUUACUCGAGCAGGCUCGUAACGACAAGUGCAUCGGCAGCUCGAGCGAGGCGGUCGUCGAGAUCGGCAGCCCGAGCCGGCUUCUCCAGGACCAUCUUGGCCUCCUCAAGACGCUUUUCAUCGUCUCGGACGUCUCGUUCUCGACCUCUUCCUCGACCGCCGCCGCGGGAGCGUGGAGGUACUCGAGCACCCUGCCAGGCUCCGACACGACCCUCACCAUCCUCCCCUCGCCCCUCGCCAAAUGCCCUCGCUGCUGGCAACACGCCCUCCCUCCCGCGCCUACACCCUCGCCCCCGCCUGAAGCGCCGUCGACGAGCGUGACACAACGAGUGUGCGACCGCUGCGCCGACGUCCUCGCCGAGCGGGACCUCGUGCCGCCCGGACUCGAGGCGCCGCUCAGCGUCGACCCCUAGCUUCGGCGCGCCUCGGGCUCGACCUAUACCGUCUAGAGUUGUUGUAGAGCGAGGUUUCCGCAAUGCAGAGCAGAUGCACCUCUC